GCUCUCUCUCUCUUCAUCGCCCCUUUUCCUCCUACGCUUAUAGCCCCAACCACCUCAGAUUCUCCAUCAAACAAAAAUGUAUUCUCGAGAAAAACUAUGCAGAAAUCAAACCCAAAAGUCUAGAAAUAACGACAAAAAUCCGUCUUCUUUCUCCUCCACUCUCCUCGACGAAAUCUACCGCUCAAUCGACUCCAAUGCCGACAACAGAGAAGCCGCGAGAACAUCCCUCGUCGAGAAAUGGACAGAGAAGGAGAGAGCCGCUGCCGCCGCCGCAGUGAGAAGAAAAAAUCAAGAAGCCGACACGAAACAUGUCCACGAAAACGACGUCGUUUUCUUCAGCUCCACGUCAUCGUCUUCCGACAGCUCUGGCGCCCUCUCCUCUUCCGACACUGAGUUUUUCGCCUCGGCCACCCGGUCCAAGACGAAGCUCUCCUGCUUCACCAUCAGGCCGAAACCGGUCCGGACCGGAACCCGGUCCGAACCGGGUCGAACCGGAGCAGCCGAGGAUGAUUUGAUCAAGUCGAAAUCGAGGGCGUUGAAGAUUUAUGCGAAUUUGAAGAAAGUUAAGCAGCCGAUUUCUCCCGGUGGGAGGCUCACUACCUUUAUUAAUUCGCUCUUUAGCAAUGCAAGUGGGAAGAAGAUCGAAUCCCCAGACGAUAAGUCGUCGGCGGCGGCUUCGUCGUACUCGCGGUCGUGUUUGAGCAAGUAUUCGCCUCGGGAGAAGACGAGGGACGGGGAGCGGAGAAGAGUGAGGUUUGAACCGGUCAGCAAAAAUUUGGGUAGUGGAGAUUCUGGCCGGUUCGGGCGGCCUCCACUACCCCCGGUCGAAUUGAAGGUGGGCAAGAAGGCCGAGUUUAUUGCACAAAGACAAAAUAGUAAAAGAGUUUAUGUUUUAUAUAAUGAUGAUGAAGAGGACUGUCUUAGUGAUUCGAGUUCAGACUUGUUUGAGCUUGACCACCUAGCGUUUUUUGGGAGUAAUAGGUAUAGUGAGGAGCUGCCUGUGUACGAGACUACUCAUUUCGAUGCGAAUUGCGCUAUUGCUAGUCGUCUCUCCCGGUGAUUAAGUUCAUUAGGGAGGAAUAAGAUGUCAUGAUGUUUUUUUAUUUAAUUUUAUAGUAUUUGGGACUAAUUAGUUGUACAUUGUCUUUUUAGCUUAUGCUUUUUGAUCAUACCAUAUUAGAAGAUGUUACUAUAUGUUACUUUCC